GGCUCGGCUCGGCGUCAGCGGCUGACUGAGGCGAGUUGUCGCCGCGGCUCGGGGGAGUUUGGCGGGGUCGGUUCGGUUGCUGGACCCGCCGGCUGAGGCUCAGGGCUCCCCGGGCGGCGGGGGCGUGGAGCUCGGCUCUCGCGCGCGGGGCUCGCUUAGGCGGGGCGUGGCGUGAAAAGUCCUGGUGAAAAGGGCACAAGGGUCGCCGAGGAGGGGCUCCCGCCAGGGGCCGGGCGGGGGGGGGGGGCCUGUAGGGCGCGUGCAGGGCGCGAGGGAGUUGCUGGGGCUGGUGCGGAGUCAGUCGGUGGAGUGAUCCCCGUGUCUCUCCUAGGCAAGGCCAAAGCAGCACACCCCGCUCCCCGCACCGUGCUGCUGUCUGCCUGGUGCCCAGCUACCCGGAAAUGCACCUUUGCACUUUCUGUCCUGGGAACAUGUUACUGUUGGCGUGAGCUGGCCCGGCCUUUCCUCCACCACAAGCCCCAGCCUUCACUGUGACUUACCCGCAGCCUCCAAGAAAGAAACAGACCGUAACAGCAUUGAGGGGCGGCAUCAUUAGUAAGGCACUUUUAGGGUAACUUCUGGAUCCUUCUUAGGAAUUCACAAGUGUUGUAGUAGAGGAAAAGUGUGCGGGCACACUCAUCGGACUCCAGUUUCCCCCAUUCCCCCCUUGGAGUCCGCAGCUUUGAGAUGGAAGAACAAAAUAGUUUUGGAUUUGAAGCCAUGUGUGACAGUGACAGUGUUAUGUUAACUAUAUAUAUGUAGCUCCUGCCUAUUCUUUAUUAUUAAUAAACAUUGAGGGAUUUACCUAGAAUUAUUUUCCUUCUGCUCUAAAUUAAAUCAUGAGUAUUGCAGCUAAGAUCAUGAGUAUUGUGGUUACGGAUAAGUAGCUCAAGUUAGAUGAAGCUUUUUGUUUUAAUAGCCAGUGGCUGGAUAUAAACUUAUGUUGUUAGUGAAUUUACUGUUCUGCACCACUCUUUGCAAACAGCUUGAUAGGUUUUUUUUUUUUUUUUUGGUUGGACUGAGAUCCCCUGGAAAUGGGUGUAUCUUUCUACAUAUUUUUAAGUCUAGAAGAUGCACCUGAUGGAGGACUUUCUGAGGAAUAUUUUUGACAAAGUGUUUUUGAAAGGUGAACUACAAAAGACUUUAUUUAAAGUUCUUGGAAGAGGAGCCUGAAAGGAAAUAGAAUGGCUGUGAGCAUGGAUGACGAUGUUCCCCUCAUUCUCACUUUGGAUGAGAGUGGAAGCAACACUUCAGCACCCAACGAACAGCUGGAUCGGGAGGACUUGCCUAAUGAAAAUGGAGGCAGCUAUGACCUUGUUAACGAUGUGUCUAGUCCAGCAACAGGGGACUACCAUUCUCAGCAAAGAUCUGCCAGACACAACUGGGAAAUGAACUACCAAGAGGCAGCAAUCUACCUCCAGGAAGGAGAAAACAAUGAUAAAUUCUUCACCCACCCCAAGAAUGCCAAAGCGCUGGCUGCCUACCUCUUUGUACACAAUCACCUUUUCUAUCUAAUGGAGCUGACCACGGCACUGCUGCUCCUGCUGCUGUCCCUCUGCGAGGCCCCUGCUGUCCCCAUUCUUCGCCUUGGCAUCUAUAUCCAUGCCACCCUGGAGCUCUUUGCAUUAGUGGUUGUGGUCUUUGAACUUUCUAUGAAGAUGAGAUGGAUGGGCUUCUACACCUAUAUCAGACACAAAAGAACCAUGGUUAAGACCUGUGUGCUGUUAGUGCAGUUUGUAGAAGCAAUAGUGGUUUUGGUGCGUCAGACCUCGCAUGUCCGGAUAACAAGAGCUUUGCGGUGUAUCUUCUUGGUGGACUGUCGCUACUGUGGAGCGGUCAGAAGAAAUCUGCGACAAAUCUUCCAGUCUCUCCCUCCCUUCAUUGACAUCCUCCUCCUACUCCUUUUCUUCAUGGUGAUCUUUGCCAUCCUAGGUUUUUAUCUGUUUUCCUCUAACCACUCAGAUCCCUAUUUCAGUACCUUAGAGAACAGCCUUGUGAAUCUCUUCGUUCUUCUGACCACUUCAAAUUUCCCUGAUGUGAUGAUGCCAUCUUACUCCCGGAACCCCUGGUCCUGUGUCUUCUUCAUAGUAUACCUCUCCAUUGAGCUCUACUUCAUUAUGAAUUUGCUUCUUGCUGUGGUAUUUGACACUUUCAGUGAUAUUGAAAAGAGGAAGUUCAAGUCCCUGCUGCUGCACAAACGCACAGCCAUACAACACGCCUACCGCCUGCUUGUCAGCAAGCAGAGACCGUCUGGUAUCUCCUUCAAGCAGUUUGAAGGGCUCAUGCGGUUUUAUACACCUCGGAUGUGCGCCAGAGAGCGUUAUCUCACUUUCAAAGCACUGAAUCAAAGCAAUACAACUUUAGUCAGCCUAAAGGAUUUCUACAAUUUCUAUGAAGUUGUUGGCUUAAAAUGGAAGGCAAAACGAAACCGCGAGCACUGGUUUGAUGACCUUCCACGGACAGCGUUUCUUAUAUUUAAAGGCAUUAACAUUCUGGUGAAGUCCCAAGCAUUCCAGUAUGCCAUGUAUACUGUGGUAGCUGUGAAUGGGAUCUGGAUUCUAAUUCAAACCUUCAUGCUGCAAGGUGGGAACUUCUUCCCCAGAGAUGUCCCGUGGAGUUAUAUAGUCUUCCUCACGAUCUAUGGGGUAGAGCUGCUCCUGAAAACCACUGGCCUGGGACCCAUUGAGUAUCUGUCUUCUGGAUGGAAUCUCUUUGAUUUUUCAGUCACCCUGUUUGCAUUUCUGGGUCUCCUGGCGCUGGCAUUUAACAUGGAGCCAUUCUACUUCAUCGUUGUCCUGCGACCCCUUCAACUGCUGAGGCUCUUUAAAUUGAAGAAACGCUACAGGAAUGUCCUGGACACAAUGUUUGAGUUAUUCCCUAGGAUGGCAAGCCUGGGCUUAACCCUACUUAUCUUUUACUACUCCUUCGCCAUUGUCGGCAUGGAAUUCUUCUCUGGGGUUGUCUACCCAAACUGCUGCAACACGAGUACAGUUGCAGAUGCCUAUCGCUGGGUGAAUCACACAGUUGGAAACAAGACAGUGGUGGAAGAAGGUUACUAUUAUCUUAACAACUUUGACAACAUUUUGAACAGCUUUGUUACGCUGUUUGAGUUGACAGUUGUCAAUGACUGGUACAUCAUCAUGGAAGGGGUGACCUCACAAACCUCUCACUGGAGCCGCCUCUACUUCAUGAUCUUCUAUAUUGUGACUAUGGUGGUGAUGACAAUCAUUGUGGCCUUUAUACUGGAGGCUUUUGUGUUCCGCAUGAACUACACCCGAAAGAACCAAGGUUCAGAAGAAGACAAUGGCAUCGUCCUGGAGAAGGAGAUUUCCAAGGAGGAAAUGGCAGGUGUAAUUGAGCUCUACAGACGGAAUUGUGCUGCUUCUGAAAUUGCUCCGCUGCAGAAGGUCGUUGCACAAAUGGACAAAUAUGAGCAAACAUCGAUGCUGUUUCUGGGACGGAGAUCAAGGACCAAAAGUGACUUAAGUAUGAAAAUGUAUGAAGAGGAGAUACAGGAGUGGUAUGCAGAGCAUUCCAGAAAAGAAGAAUAUCAGUGGCAAGAAGAUGUCUUCCCAUCUGGCAACCCCAUGCCAUCCUCGGGCCUCAGGCAGCGCUCCCAGACAGUUAUCUAGGCCAAGCUAAUGCAAACCAUCUUUCUAUGCAAUAACCCCAUAGUAUUAUUUUAUAAUGUAUAUAGAUAUAUUCAGUCUAUCAGUCAAAUUUGGAGUUUAAACAUCUCUUCCCCUGGAACAUGUCAUGAGUUGCUUUGAAUAAAUGAAAAGCAAAGACCCAGAGGACUCAAAAUAGGACUGCUGGAACCAAAAAAUAAAUAGAUAACUCUUCAGCAAGACCCUAUUGCUGCAACUGUAACUAAUGAGCAUCUAGUACAGAAUACUCAGUUGUUCUUCCUGGCCUAUGCUUCCCCGACACAGGCCUACAACUAGUCUUACCAGUCGGAAACCAUGGGUGAGGGAUAUUUAAUCCUUUGGAAGAAGGAAAUAAUACUGAACCCACCUGCUAAUAUUGAAGUCCGGUACUUAAAAUAUAUUUUCUUUAACCCAUUAAUUCUUAAGUAAAAGGAUCAGGGAGCAAGUUUGUAUUUCCCUCCCCAUCUGGUAUCCAGCAAGGUGGGCUUGGAUGAGAAGUUACCAUUUUAAUCUAAACCUAUUCUGCCUCUUCCUAACUACCUAGGCUUAUUGACCAUUCUAGAGACACUCGCAAGAGCAGUUUCAUUCCUGAGUAGCUCAUUCAACCUCUUAAAUCUGUUCUUUGGAGGAAGGCUGAGGGACUGAGCUCCAGUAACUCUUUGGAUCCUUACUAAAAGUUAUGAGACUUGACAGAGUUCGGGAGCAAUGCCUUUGCUGAAGCGAUCGGAGUUCACUACUGAUGUCUGUGUUAUGCAGUGUCUGUGCUACACAGGCUGGGAGCCAUUUGACAAAUCCCAAAACACCAGCGAUCUGAUAGUAGGUGAGAUGCAAAUUCCACAGGACGGUGAUUCUGAGCCUUUGCCAUUCCACCCUCCAGUUUAUAAGCGGAAGAUCUUUGCCUGGUAUGAGAAUGAGACGGGCUUCUGCAGCACAAGGUUGGUGACUGAGCUUCAUGUGGGGCUGGAUUGAGAAGUGCUGGGGAGGCAUGUGCACAUAUGCAUGCACACCUCUGUGCAAUCACCAACUGGGUAAUGUUGCCUUUGCUUUCCCAGUAAGGUUGACUUGACCUAGGGUAACCAGAUGUCCCUAUUUUAUAGGGACAGUCCCAAUUUUUGGGUCUUUUUUUAUAUAGGCUUCUAU